CAUCUUCUCAUCGGCGCUCUCGGUUGCCCAACAAACACAAUGACAAUCGAAGCCAUCCCCGUCCCCGAGAGCGUGCCGGAGCAGAUCAAGCCGGUCGAGGUCGUCACCGAGGAGGAGCGUGCCGCCCUCCGCGCAAAGUACCUCGAGGAGCGCGACAAGCGCAUUCGCGCUGACGGCGCGCAGCAGUACAAGCCUCUGCAGGGCAUCCUCAAGCUCUCCGAGGACAAGGACCCGUACACCGAGGUUAAGCCCCGCGCACCCCUCUCCGACCACGUUGACUUCCUCUUCCUUGGCGGCGGCUUCGCCGCGCUCAGCGUGUGCGCCCGUCUGAAGGAGGCCGGGUUCAACAACAUGCGCAUCCUCGACUCGGGCGGUAACUUUGGCGGCGUCUGGUACUGGAACCGCUUCCCCGGCGCCAUGUGCGACACGGCCGCCAUGGUUUACCUUCCCCUCCUUGAGGAGGUUGGCACCCGCCCCAGCGCCAAGUAUGUCCGCGGGCCUGAGAUCCUCGCGCAUGCGCAGCGUAUCGCCACACACUACGGGCUGUACGAGCACGCGCUGUUCAGCACGCACCUCGAGAGCCUUACAUGGGAGGAGGCGGGGCAGUGCUGGCGCGUCAAGACCAAGGAGGGCGACAACUUUACCGCUACGCACGUCGCGAUGGGCACCGGGCCCCUGAACAAGCCCCACCUGCCCGGCGUGCCCGGUCUCGAGAAGUUCCAGCGGCCUGCCAUGCACACCGCGCGCUGGGACUUUGGGGUUACGGGAGGCGGAUGGAACGGUGAGGUCCUUGAGAAGCUCAAGGACAAGCGUGUCGGCAUCAUCGGCACUGGUGCCACGGCUGUGCAGUGCAUCCCCCAGCUCGGGCGUGACUCGGGCGAGCUCUUCGUCUUUCAGCGUACCGCGAGUGCCGUCGCCGUCCGCGGUAACCACGAGAUCGACCCCGAGUGGUUCGCCAAGCUCGACAAGGGCUGGCAGGCCAAGUGGCUCUCCAACUUUGUUACCCUCAUGUCGACUGGUGUCGCCGACGUCGACUACGUCCACGACGGGUGGACCGACAGUGUCAAGCGCAUCACCGCCCGCAUGGUUGAGGAGGCGAUGAAGAAGGGCCAGAACCCCGCCGAUCUCGGCUUCGCCGACUACAUGAAGGCGUACCACCUCUCCGACGACGAGUACACUACUGCCGUGCGUGCGCGCACCGAUGAGGUUGUAAAGGACAAGAAGACCGCCGACGCCCUCAAGGCCUGGUACCGCCAGUACUGCAAGCGCCCAUGCUUCCACGACGAGUACCUCGAGACGUUCAACAUUCCCACCGUGCACCUGGUCGACACUGACGGCAAGGGUGUCGACCGCGUCGACGAGACGGGCGUCUGGGCGAACGGCAAGCACUAUGAGCUGGAUGUGCUCAUCUACGCCACCGGCUUCGAGUUCUCCUCGUCAUACACGUCGCGCGCCGGGCUCGAGGUUUUCGGUCGCAACGGCCUUGCGCUCUCUGACGCCUGGGCCGAGGGCAUGAAGUCCUACCAGGGCAUGCACGUGCGCGACUUCCCCAACCUUUUCAUCGUCGGCAUCUUCCAGGGCGCCUCGCUCAUCAGCAACGUCACAAGUAACUUCACGGACGCGGGAUUGACGAUUGCGGCCAUGCUCAAGAAGGAGAAGGAGCUCGGCACGAAGGUCAUCGAGACAUCUGAGAAGGCGCAGGAGGACUGGGUCAAGCUCGUCCUUUCGAACACGAACAAGAUUACCGGCGGGCCAGAGUGCACUCCUGGCUACUAUAACAAUGAGGGACACGAGGAGGGUCUCAAGCAGCGCCUGGACGGCGGUCGCUAUCCCCACGGGUCGCACAAGUAUUUCGAGUACAUCGACGACUGGCGCACCAACGGCAAGUUUGAGGGGAUCGAGUUUGACGGCAAGCCUGUAGCUGUGGCAGCUUGAGAGCGAAGGAAUGGGGUGCACGUCAGCAGGGUUAGUUGUUGUCAGCAGUCAUCGUAGGGUAAUGCAGCGUUUAUGUCAGAGCCGACGCGGUGCACGCAGG